AUGUGGCGUGUUUCUGGAUCGUACUGCUCCUGUGCCAAGAGCUACGGACCGACCCGAUCGCAGAGAUCCGGCAUCCUGAUUCAAGAGACACCAGGGUUCAUCUUGACAGAGAAGAGGAUCCUGACCCGACGUGUGUUCGUCAGCUUGGACCCCAAGAUUUCCAUCGAGAAGGCAUACAACAUUUCAUCGAUGCAGCUUCCUGAGUUACAGACUUGGUACCAGAUGCACCUCCAAAGAGCACAGGACCGUGUGCGAAACAUCUUGGAGCAAGCCCGGAAACCAUUUGUAUCCAGUUCUAUUCCGAUGAGCAACCGACCCAAAAGGUUCCUCACCGCUAUAAUUGUUGCAUUAGUUUGUGCCACUGUCGGUGCAGUUGUCGCAACUGGAAUGUCUGCAGCCAACUCUAUUACUGUCCAAAAGCUGGAUAUGGAAAUCUAUGCGCUAAAGCAACACAUUAACGAUAUUCAUCAGGUGGUAAACCAGCAAAGAACACUUCUCCAAGACGUGUUAACUAUUGUGGAAGACACAGUUGUUACAACAAAUUUGCAUUCGGAGUUAAUUACCAAAUCCACUGAGUUGCACCAAAGUCAUGACUUAUUUAAGCGUGAACUUCUAUUUCUGCAUGACCCAAUAUUGUUCCACACACUUGCUUUUCUCGACGAAGUGCAAACUGGAAUGAUCGAAUUUGCAGGGGGACACAUACCUCUGUAUUUUGUAUCCAAGGAUAUUGUUCAUGCGAUGCUUGCCAGUGUGGAUGGAGAGACAAUUGAGCCUAUGCAAUUAAAUCUGGACUUUGAGAUGGGGAGCGCUAUACCUCUCUUAAUUGAUCCGGAACGUAUGGAGAUUUGCUUUUUAUUGGCCAUACCAUAUGUAACUCUCAAAGACAUUUUUCAAAUGAAAACAAUGUACUAUGAUAAUAAUGAUAUUAUGGUUGAUUGUACUAAGUGUAAAGUUCAAAACUUUUACAGGUACAAAUAUAUACAGAAAUGUUCAUUCCACGCACGGGCCUAUGUUAGAAAUGAUGUGAUUACACAAUAUGUCUGGUAA